AGCUGAUCGACGAGUAAAAAAAAAAAAAAACCCAAACUCUUAUUUCCGGUUCUUCUCCCCUUCCAUGCACACUCGAUUCUCUCACCUCUGCAGCUUUUCUCCGACCUCCGGCGACUCCCUCGCCGGCGGCGAACUCGCCGGAUAUCUUCAUCCCGGAUUUCAUGUAACAAAUCGGUCUGCGAAUUCAAUUAAGGAAAAAAGUGUUCAUUUGUGUAUUGGAAUCACAAGCAGGCGUUCGGCUUAUGAAGAAAAUGCUGGUCGUCGAGGAGUAGACUCGGCUUUCAAUGUUGAAGGAGAUGCAAGAAAUAGGCAAAAAACAUCCGAUAAGUUCAAUACCAUUUGAGGCUUUUUACGAUGGGUCAUGGCAUGCAGUAGAUAUUUUGAGAAUUAGAUGGGGGAAAACCUAUAUAAUGUUCGACCACUGGAGUUCGAAGGUAGAGAACGAAAUAUGUGCCGACAAUAUUCGUCUACGAUCAAGAAAAUCAAAUUCUCAUGAUUGUUCACACCUUCUUAAAGUUGGCGUCGAUGUUUGUGUACUCUCAACUCGUCCUAUCUCGGGUGGUUUGGAUGAACAACCACAACCGAAUUUUCCCUUAUGGUACGAUGCAAAAAUCAUAUCAAAAAAGACUCUUCGUCAUCAUGAUGGCCGGUGUUCCUGCCUAUUUUCCGUCAUUCUCUACAGGGAAAGAGCUUUUAAUGGCACUGGAAAGAACGUAUUGUUCGAGAGAGCUGAAAUGGUCACCAUUGACAGAAUCGCAAUUCUUCAAAAGCUUGAAGACGAACCUCAAGAACACGAAUUCGAUCGCUGGAGCUUCACCGAGGACUGCAUUUCCUCAGCCAGAAGUAAACUAAUUGGCGGAAUUUUUUCUUCUGAAAUUUCAUGGCUGGUUGUGCUUUCCAUACAAAAGGGAAUCAGUUUUGAUGUGAAAGUAUUACAGAGAAAUAUCGUUUACCAAAUCCUGAACAGAAAUCCUGUGACGGGCAUGAAGAUCAUGUGCUUCCAUGGAUUUAACGAAACUUUGAGGCCGGUGGUAAGAAGUGUCGACCUGUUUCUUGUGAAAGAGACGGCAGCAGAAGCAGCAUUGAAGGUGUUUGUCGAACCAGAUUGUAACGGAGAGAUGGAGGUGGAUAGUGAGUCUGAUGUAGAGGUUUUGUAUGAUUGCAUGAGUCUGAGACGAUCGAAGCGCCAAAAGGUUAAGCCGAGACGUUUUACGAGCUUCUACUCUCCGGAUUUUGAUCGCACGGCGAGGAAUUCGGGGCAGAUUGUAGAGAUAUUGGAUCAAAGUCCUGAUGAAAAGUCUGAUUCAGUUGAAGUGGAACAACAGUUAGUGGAUAAUUGGGAGAUUUGUCCAGCGGAAAGAAGCUCUGAUGAGGAUUAUGAAUUCUCACCAGUUUCAGAUAGGAAGAAAACGUUCGAUUGGAAAGUAAAAGAAGGGGAACCUCAGCUUCUACUUACAAUGGGUGAUGAGAUUGGUGAGAUUCAGCCUGGUGAUUCGCCGGAUAGGCUAACGCAGGAUAGUUCAGAAAAACCGGCACAGAGGCCCAGGGGCAGGCCGAGAAAAAGUGAUCGGAGAACUCCAUUGAGAAACGGUAAUCCGCUUUAUAAGAAGAGAUAUUCUUACAGGAAGAAGCUCCUUCUCAGUGCGGCAGAGUGUGAGCUGCUGAUAAAGCAAUGCAUGGGAACUAUAGAGGAUGAAAUCGAAACUGAAGUCGAGGCAGGCUCUCAACCAGAGAAAACAUUUGUAGAGGAAGAAGAAGAAGACUUCAAAUGGUCUCCAGCUUCUAAGGAUCCAUUCGAAAUUGAUGAGAAUGAAGACCUCUGGAAAGAAAUGGAGAAUACGUUAACUGUACUCGCACUUCUUGAACAGCAGGAGAUGGACUCUGAAACUUUUGAUGAUGGGAAAGUUCCUUUAUCAUGUCAAGAUGGUGAUCAAGCAUGCAAACAUGAUUUCAAGCUAGAUGAGCAGAUUGGAAUAAUAUGCCAGUUGUGCAAUUUUGUUCACACCAAAAUCAGAGAUGUUAUGCCACAAUUUGUGAUGAGCGAAAACUGGAAUUUAAGCAGGGAGCAAUGUGGCAAACUGGAAUUCAGCAUAAUGGACACCUAUAGUUUAGAUCCAAGUUCUUUUGAUGAUCCUACCACAAACUUUGAUAUGGCUUCUUUAGGUGGAGAAGACAAUGUGUGGGCUUUGAUACCUGAGCUGAAAUUGAAGCUAUAUACUCACCAGAAAAAAGCUUUUGAAUUCAUAUGGAGGAAUAUUGCUGGAUCUCUUAAGCCGAAAGAGAUGGAUAUUCGUUCCGCUGAGACCGGCGGCUGUGUUAUCUCGCACUCGCCGGGCUCCGGCAAGACUCUACUUUUGAUCUCCUUCAUUAUCAGCUAUCUGAAACUUUUUCCGAGGAGCCGACCACUGAUAGUCGCCCCGAAGAUCACCGUUUAUGUCUGGAGAAAGGAGUUUGAAAAAUGGGGGGUUCAGUUUCCCCUACAUAUAAUACAUCCAGCUCAGAGCUUCCAAAAGGCAAAUCUGGAUUGGAAAUUUAGAGUUUCCUCCAUGGAACAUAGAAAGCCGAACAGGAAGAUGAGGCAUUUGGUGGACUGUAUGUCUAAGUUUCAGCAAUGGCAUAAGGAAUCCAGCGUGCUUCUGAUGAGUUAUUCUUCUUUCUUCUUGAUGCAGAAGGAGUCGAAAGACGAGCACAGAAAAUUCAUGGCAAAGGUGUUGCGGAACAGCCCGGGACUUUUGAUUUUAGACGAAGGACACAAUCCCAGAAGCACUAUUUCAAAGCUAAGAAAAAUUUUAAUGGAGGUGAAUACCAAAUCCCGGAUUCUGCUCUCCGGCACGCUGUUUCAGAACAACUUUGAGGAAUAUUUCAACACUCUUUGCUUGGCCAGACCCAGCUUCGUAGAUGACGUUCUCGGCGAAUUGGAUCGAGAGAAACUAAACACUUACAAGAAAUCAGAGAAGAGAAGCAAGAGGAAGGAGAGAAUGGCAAGAAAGCUUUUUGUGCAGAGAAUUGGUGAGAAGAUUGAAUCUGACAUGGAAGAUGACAGGAAGCUGGGCUUUGAUGCGCUGAACAAGAUCACCAAUGGCUUCAUGGAUAUUUAUGAAGAUGACAACUCUGGUAGGCUUCCAGGUUUGGUUAUUUAUACUAUAGUGUUACUCCCUGCUGAUAUACAGCGUGAAGUCUUAGUUCGUUUACAGAGCUGCUUAAAACUCACAAGAAGAUAUCCCAUUGAAUUAGAACUGCUAAUCACAGUCGGUUCUAUCCACCCAUGGUUGAUAAAAACCAUGGCCCAUGCUGAAGACUACUUCAACAAUAGCGAGUUAGAGAAAAUUGAGAAAUAUAAGGAUAGUGUAAUAAGUGGUUCCAAGGUGAAGUUUGUGUUUGAUAUUGUUCAUAAAUCUAUCAUGAAGGGAGAGAAAGUUCUCAUCUUUUCUCACAAUAUUCCUCCCAUAAGCUUGCUUGUGAGAUAUUUUGAGACUUUUUUGGGAUGGAGGAAGGGGGAGGAAGUCCUGGUUCUUCAAGGUGAUCAAGAGCUGUCAUUGAGAGCGAAGAUCAUGGACACGUUUAAUGGCGAUGUGGAGAACAAAUGCAAGGUUUUGAUUGCGUCGACAUCUGCAUGCGCCGAAGGCAUUAGCCUGACGGCCGCAUCACGAGUGGUUUUGUUGGACUCGGAGUGGAAUCAUUCGAAGACGAGGCAGGCGAUCGCUAGAGCAUUCCGGCCUGGUCAAGAGAGAAAGGUUUAUGUGUACAAGCUGUUGGCUUCAGGAACUUGGGAGGAGGAUAAGUACCGCAGCAAUGAUUGGAAGGCUUGGUUGUCGAAAAUGAUCUCGAUGGGUCAAUACAUUGAGCAUAAUUCUUGUAGGGAAGUUGAUGUCGUCGAGGAUGAGAUUUUGACCGAGCUUCAGGAAGAAGAUCAAGGAAAGAUGUUCCAGAUGAUAAUGGAGCAGAACUAAGGCUCUUUGAUUAAAAUAGCUAUCCACACUUGGUUGUUGAUUGUCCGUAGGGGAUGUUUGGUUUGCUGAAAAAUGAAUGUAGCUUAUUUGAAAUGUUUUGGAAUUGUUUGGUAAGGUGUCGAACAAAUGCAGUUAGUUAGUUUGGUUGUCUUUGAUUUUAAAUGAUGUCAAUCUAAAAUUCGGCGAUGACUGACUAGUGGUGAUGAACCGAAUUACGGCUGUCCAAUUCUAUAACUUUUUAAUUCAUUUUUUUUUUCAUGGAAUGAAUAAUUAAUUACAAUCCUUUUCUUAUGUGCAAUUUCUAUUGUCAAAACA